AUGGAUAUUUCUGAGUGUGAUUUUUUCGCAGAACCAGAAAAGCUGAAUAAGUUUGAACAAUUUGAUCCUGAACCGACAAUCUAUAAUUCAUACAUCAUCGGUUACGACAAUGAGCCGUUAAAUACAUUAUCAAAUCGUCGAAUAGAAGCCUAUUUGAAAGGAUAUGAGGUCGACGCAAGACACCAUGCGGACGUUGCUAAUAAAAAUACCGUGUUGCAAGAGACGUUGCUAUACUUUAUGAUGGGACAUCGUGAAAAUUUAUUUGUAUCGCUAGAGAAAAACGAGGAUGAAUCUAAUGAUUUAAUAAGAUAUUACUGGACUCUGCCAUCAUAUUGUGCCAUUUGCGGCAAAGCAUUUCACGAAUCAAUCGAAUGCCAAGAAACCACAUUACGAAACUUUGAACUUAACACAGUCGACGAUGCAAAGGAACUGGUAGACGCAUUAAAUCAACAUACAACACGAAAAUUCGACGUAAUUGCUUUCUGUAACGAAAAAAAUACAGAUAACAUAAACGAUGCGAGCUCAUGUCUGGACGCGAAACAUAAUGAGAUAUUGCGUCUAGUUUCGGAAAACAAAGUGGAGAUUACCCGUUUAGAAAUAAUGAAUUAUAAAUUCACAAAAGCAUCGUUGGUAAAACUUGGUGAAGCAUUAGCAACAAACACAAAAAUUGUAAGAUUAGACAUUUCCUAUAAUGAAAUCACCCCAAAAGUAGUCAGCGCGAUGUCAAAGGCGUUAAAAACGAAUCGAACAUUAAAAAGUUUAAUAAUGGAACUCGAGCAUGCGAAAAAAUCCAGAAUAGACAUUAAUCAUUUAGUCAAUUUACGACGUGUUUUGGAGGAUAACACUUGCAUAGAAUCCUUCUCAUUUGAUCCAAGCGAAAGUGAAUCAAGUUUUGUGUAUCAAGUAAAAGUUCCGUAUUAUAAAAAGAUGAUCGUCAAAGAACUGGUGGGCUCGAUUCGAAAUUUGAUGUCUCGUAAUCUUACCUAUCGACAGAAUAAUGUAAUUGCACCGGUGCAACUAUUACGAUUACUUAGGGCUUUAUUGUUUAAUAAUCCAGCAAAGAAGCAAAAGAAAUUCACAUGGCCAUUUGAGAUUUGGUCGAUAAUUAUCGAGAUAUAUUGCGAAAAGGAAAAUGUGUUGGACGACAAAUUUCAACGGUUAUUAGUCUUUGCAAAUACAAAAAAUACGUUACUGAAAACGAUUUCGAAAAGAAAUUUUUUAGAUUAUUAUUGUGGUUUAGUAUCGUUGGAAUCGUUAUUAGUCUCUCAAAUUUGGGAGAAUGAACGUAUUUACAAUGACAUGUAA